AUGGGUCUUCUCUCUAUGCAGCAUCAUCCACAGCACCAGCAACAGGGUCAUCCGCCUUCCCAACACCUACAACACUCGCGACCCCCGAGUGUAGUUCACCAGCAGCAUCACGCGCAGCCUCAUCCACCGCCGCAACAGCAACACCAAAGCGCGUACUCUUCGACGCAUUCGCUCCCUCAAGGUUACCAAGCCAGUGGUCAAGCGCCCAGCAACCAGGACAACCUCAACUAUUACAAUCACCCAAGCCCUUACAGCACACCAGGUGCCACAAGCGGAUACACAUCCGCCGAUACCUCAGACAUGAUGGCCGCAGCACAAAUGCCGAGACCCCCUUACCCCCCAAUGUCCUAUCAUACGCCUCAAUCCAACUCUCCAGCUUCAGUCGCAUCCCCCUCUCAACAUGAUCAGCACAGAAGCAUCUACGGCCAACCGCCAUCGCAGCAUAUGCAACAGUCUAUGUACUAUCAGCCUCAGAACCAGUACCAAACCAUGCCUCCUCAAGCUACCGCAUCGCCGUAUGCGCAACAUGCGCCCCACCCUCAACAGUCAAUGACAUCCCAGCCCGCCAUGAUGAUGUCUCAAACCGCACCUCAGAACCAAAUGACCCAGCAUGCUGCGCAGCACGCGCAUGCGGGAAUGACAGGCAGUCCUCGACCGAAGAUCGAGCCUCAAGUGCCUCUCCAACUUCAGAAGCCACAGUCCUCCCCCAUGCAACAAGCUCAUCACCCUCAAAAUGGCGGGCAACUGCAGAGCCCAGGAAACACCACACCUGGUGUUAACCCAAGCGCAGCCCCCGGACCCAUCCCUGCUACGACCCCUCUUGUGGUUCGACAGGAUGGCAAUGGUGUCCAGUGGAUCGCUUUCGAGUAUUCUAGAGACCGAGUCAAGAUGGAGUACACCAUUCGCUGCGACGUUGAGUCAGUCAACAUUGACGAGCUGUCCCCCGAGUUCAAGCAGGAGAACUGUGUUUACCCCCGCGCAUGUUGCCCCAAGGACCAGUAUCGCGGCAACCGUCUGAUGUACGAGACCGACUGCAACCGUGUUGGCUGGGCUCUGGCCGAGCUUAACAUCCCCCUUCGAGGCAAGCGAGGCCUCAUCCAGCGAGCCGUGGACAGCUGGCGUAACAGCAACCAGGACCCCCGACUUCGUAGUCGACGAGUCCGUCGCAUGGCAAAGAUGAACCAGCGAAAGCAGGUUCAAGCUUCUCCGCAUCCCGGUGCGGCACACAUGCCAGGCCCCAGCGGACCAUCAGGGAUGCCUGGUGGCCCUGGACCCAUGGGACCUAGUCCCGCCUCCAUGGGCAAGCCUGCCCUCGGUAGCAUGGGUCAACCGAUGCACCACCACCAACCAGGUGCUCACCCCGACGGAUCAGGACAAGGUGGACAGGAUGAAGUUGGCGAUGGGAACUCGUACGAACACCAUCACCACCAGGCUCCUACAGCCCAGAACCCUUCAAGUAACGACGAUGUGAGACCAGCCCACGUAUUUACAGGAUAUAACAAUCAGCCCUAUCCUACUAGUGCGCCAAUGUCUCAUAUGGCUCCUCAUUCUGGAGGCGCUGUCCCAGCUAAGCGCCAUAGCCGAGCCAACGCUGAUGAGCCUGACGAUCUUUUCCCUGAUAUCCCGGAAGCCAAGAAGCGAAAGUUUAUCCUUGUCGAAGAUAAUGUGCGUGGAUCUCGCCUCCGUGUCAGGGUAACCCUCGAGGGGGUUGAUACCAAUGAGAUCCCAGAUAGCUUCCGCAAGGGUGCAAGUGUCUUCCCUCGCAGCUACUUCCCACGAGAGAUGCAAAGUCCCCCUCCCAGCGCCACUGGAUCGCGCUUCUUUGGUGAUGACCAAGACGACGAUGGCAUCGAGGAAACUGAGGGCCGCGAGUCCAGCCGUCGUGGGGUUAACAGGAGUGGCAAGGAGAUGGUCAAGGUUCCCAUGGGUGAGUCCACAGGGGAAAUUGCCAUCCCCCGAAUGAGGAAGUCCAUCCGAGGCAGGGAGGUCCGCCUUAAUGACUUGGGUUAUCGCAUGGCCUGGCUCCAAAGCCGAGUCUUUGCUGGCCGAACUGUAUUUUUGCAACGAGCAUUGGAUUGUUACCGCAACAAAACCCGAGCUGCCAUUGAGAGUGUCAUGCAAGAUGUAAAGACUGUUGCUCCUCACUAUGAGACUCGUGCCGGCAAGAGGCGAUGGAACGAACGCAUGCGACGUGGGGAGAAGAAGGACGACGAGUAA